AUAAAAUCAAGGGUUUGGCGUGGAGACCAUCAUCCAAUAGAUUCCGUAAAGACCUUUCCUGGUUAUUGCCUGAAGUGAUCAACAUAGUCAACAUAAUAAUCGAGCCGUCAAAAUAUGAGGAUUGAGAGGUGAACAUGUUUUCAGGGCAGAUGGAAAUAUAUGCAAAGUCAGGGAGUUGAAGACUCUCACUGGGUCAAAAGAAUCCAGCAAAUGACAACUCCUUCGCCUAAGAAUAAAGGGGAUAAUGACCAUCAGUUUCGAACGAAUCGUUCGCCUUCUCACUUGCCUAUUAGAAACCCAUUCAUCUACGUCAGGUCCCCCCUGCCCAAAUUUAUGCAGAACAAUGUAUAUGAAUUACCAACCCAAUGCAAUAACCUUGGAAGAAUCAGGAAGGAACGACAGGAUUUGGCGAAGCUACUUCGACCUGCUUCUCUGGCAACCAUUAGGAAUCCAUUAGGUUUCCAAAGUCCAGCUUAUGACGUACUUCAUUAUAAACAGAGAAAACUAACGACAAGGACAAGAAGCAGCACCGCAGUAAGAACCAACAGAUCAGCAACAUAUGGAGUCACCCCACCUUCGGCGUGUCAAAAUUCAGAGUUCAGGAACUUCUACUUUUAUCUUCAAACGGGAAAGGUCAAUAGACAAGAACCGUCUCCACCAGAUUCGGUGCUUUCGACAAAGCCAUUGAUUGGGUUGCAAAACAGGUCGUUUGGAAACAGGCAUGAAUCGAGUGAGGAAUGCAUGGAAAGCAAGCAUCCACUAACAAACACCUCGAAGCUUUUGAGGGGUUUGAAGCUCCCUCCAAAGUUCAAAGAACAAAGCUUAUCUGCACAAGUAGUGACCAGAAUGCACAGCUUAAAAACAUCCAGUUCUGAAAAAAUUUCCAAGGAAUCUGUGGCUACGGUAUACCCAUUGCAAUAUAUCCGAAAUCCAAAACAAGUCACAAGACAUGGUCCCGAACAAUACGAAACUUCAUAUUUAUGGCGAACUAAGGAUGAAAACCGCAAUCUACUUGGCAUUCAGUAUACAAACGAUAGGAAACUGUGUAAUGGCUUGGAUAACAGAGUUAUUAAUGAAGUGGGUUACAAUAACAAAUCAGCCUCCCAUGAAGAUGUCCCUCGUUCGAAUGAAUGUAUGUUCGAUAAGCUAAGAAAACACUCAGUGGACAACAGAGACGUUGUUAAUCCACUACAGGAGCGAACUUUUCGUCUGCUGAACCGUUCGCAGGAAGCUGAAAAUAUCUUAUCUGAUGAACAUGCAGUGAAAAAAACGACUGAGUUUCGAAAUGCACAAAUCACGAGGUCUACUCAGCCACUAUUCUGGACAAAUUACAUUCAACCUGAAAGCUACCUUAAGCUGCAUGGUAACGUUUAUGAAAUUGUUCACCAGGACGUGUUCUUGACCGACCCGCCGGCUUCUACGGCAAGCGGAGCAGUAAAUGUAACAGAGGAACACACGACCACCCGUCAUAAUGUACUCGCUAAGGCGACUCCGAAGCGGGCAUGCAAUCCACCAAAACAGUUGGAGUUCGACAGCGGAAACGCUUCUGAUGAAGAUGCCGGUAAAAAUCCAUCAAAAUUCGUCGACAAGCGGCAAUUCAUAAUACCUAGCAAUGACAAAGAACAGACUGCAAUUACUGCUGUGCUAGAGCACGGAGAAUGUUCGUCGGAUACUGAAGCAGGACCCCCGAACAAUGAAGGUAGUUGGGUUAGUGUCGAUGAUGACCAGUCUGCAGAAGAAGCGGCCAGAAAAAAUGCUGUCAAUGUAAAUGAAGCUGGCGAAUUUUUAGGCGACCUUCCUAUGCCUACAGACGUGGUGCCUGGCAAGAACCCUAAGAACUUGGACGAACCUAAGCAAAGUGUUUCCAAGCAAAAGUGCUCAGUGCAAGGCGACAACCAGAGUCAAUUUGUUGGAGGUUCACCUGUGAAGAUCGAUUCUGAAGAACCUAAAACUGGGACAACCAGAUCUGCCUCGCCAAAUUCAGUCACGAAAAUAGAAAAGUUGAUCCAAACUGCGGUUCCAACAGGCGAUCAUCCCACCAGAAAAAAUGCUGAGGAUCCGGACCACGCUAGAUUCCUUCCGACACAAAGAUUAUCAGAUGGAAAAGAAACCCAAAAGGAGUUGGCGAGGGAUGUCCUUUCACAUCAGGAUCUACGCAGCCCAUGUGUUAGCAUCAGCGACCCCGUACGCCAGCAACGAAAGAAAACAGGUCAUCGUGUAUGCGCUAGGAACGAACGAACACUUCACCCCGCGCUGAUAAAUUCUUUGUUUCCAAAUGUUCCACCAGUAUUGAAGUUUGUUGAAGAUGGUUACAAACUCGAAUCGCUGCCAUGGGAUUUUCGGCGACUUUUGAGGUGGCGAGCAAGUGUUUUGACUCCAGUAGUGGUGAAACAAGUACUAAUGCGAAGCGGAUUUCGCGUAUCCAAAUUGACGUCAGCGACAGAAGAUUUGGAUACGAUCGAGUCAUCGGACUGGAUUUUCUACUUUGGAAAACACAUGAGACCUCAGGUUUUUCGUUCGAUUCGCGAAUACCAAAAAGUUAAUCAUUUGCCAUGCUCGUUUCAUCUUGGGCGUAAGGAUCGGUUGUGGAAAAACCUUGUUCAUAUGCAAGCAAAGUUUGGCAAGGAGAAUUUCAGUUUCAUGCCAGAAACGUUCUGCCUUCCUGGAGAUUUGGACGCUUUGAAAAAAGUUUGGGACGAGGAGGGAGAUAAUCAGCGUUGGAUUCUCAAACCGCCCGCUGCAGCUCGUGGAAUCGGGGUUCGUCUCAUAACCAAAUGGGCUCAAGUUCCAAAGAAACGGCCUGCAAUUGUCCAAAAAUAUUUGGCUCGUCCAUUCCUAAUAAAUGAAAGCAAAUUCGAUCUGCGCAUCUAUGUGUUUAUAUCAUCUGUGAACCCACUGCGUGUGUAUAUUCAUGAAGAUGGGCUUGUCAGAUUUGCUUCACAAAAGUAUACCAACGCCACCCGUUGUCUCGGCAAUCGGUUUAUUCACCUGACCAAUUACUCAAUUAAUCGGCUGAAUUCGGAAUACGUUAGCAACUCAAGUGACUUGGCAGCGAAAGGACACAAAUGCAUGCAUUCGGACUCCCCGUUAGAUGCAAAAAUAAAGGGAAACAUGGUUAAAGAUAUGUUAAACAUAGCCGGUCUUCGUAUCCCCGAACCAUCAGACACGAAUUCUCACACUGUCAUGCCUACAUGUAUUGUGAAACCAUCCACAACAAAACGAGCCGAAGUCAACUGUACUGUUGAAAUGAAUCCAGUAUGGCACUGUGAUCCAACUGGCGGGUCGAUCACCCCGAUCCAUACACCACCCGAGAGUCACUUUAAUAUGAAUGAAGAGAUGUGUACUGCAGAACUUCAACAAAAGAACAUUGGAGACUGUGAGAAUCCAAAGAAACCAAAGCCUCCAACUCACGAGUGGAUUAUCGAUCAACGGCUUUACAUGCAGCAGUUGAAUCACGAUGAGCGGGAAAAGAGGCGCUACUAUGUCAACAGAGCGUUGCAGUAUGAACUUCCCAAGACGAAUUCUGGGAAUGUUAGUGCAAUGAGUGGAAAGCUGGAGCGUGCUGGCAGCCGUGGCAGCCGUAGACGUAUUUCGACGCGUACCAAGACUCCGUGCAGCAAGAGUUUUGUGACUUCACUGGAAGAUGACAAUGAAGAUUGUGGAUCCACUACAACUGAGACUUCCUCCGAUUCCGAAAGUUUUUCUAGCUGUGAUGAAUUCUCUAGGCGCCGUACAGUUCCGUCAGCUGCCAGCACUAAUUCUGGGAAUAAUAAACCUAGAAGUGCGCGUUCCAUGGGAAUAGGACCUUCAUCACCGGAUCUAAGAAGUCACCGAGGGCCGCCGGCCAAAGAAGUUCCAUUUCCAAGACCACCCUUAGCUCCCCGAGAAAAAGUCGUAUCAAAGACUACAACAAACCAGUCAGCCAGUGGUACUACAGGCAAUUCCGUAUCUAAUCGUACCCAUCAGCGAUCAGUUUCGGCAUCUCCGUUCUCCAGCUCUCAGACUCCUACACGAUUCCAGUCAGUACUACCUCGUGUCCGACUGGCCAGUGCCACAUGCGAUAUUUUACAGACGCUGACUCCAUCUGACAUGCGGAUUCUUAUUGAAAUGGUUGAUGAACUAGAACGUGCUGGCGGUUUUGAAUGUAUCUUUCCACCCAGUUCGGCAGGACUAGCCGUUCGUUACUUGUCCUACUUUGAAUUCCCGCGGUACGCAAACCUGUUAUGCGUAGCCUAUUUACAAAAGUUCGCUCAAGACAAAGAAGAAGGCAUCGAAAUUCUUAGAAAGUACUGCGAAAAGAAGCUUCAUCUUAAAUCAGCAGCACUUGGUGACUUCAUACCCAAAGAGAAUAUUUGGGAAUCCAACAGAUAUAAACAUAUUGUGGCAGCCAAAGAUGUAUCCCGGUCGCCUGUACUUAAAUACCAUCGAUGUGAGCCAUCAUCUUCCAAUGUAUCGUCUUCCAGCUAGUCUUUUUGGUAUUUUCUACGAGUGCGGCCCUGUAAACUCAUCACACCAGUAAUUUUAUCCAUGUACGAAGAUGUAUCCAGCAUUGUGUGUGUGUGGGCUUGGAAGUAAUUGUUCACAAUGUUCACUGUGGUACCGUCAUCGAAACCGACUAGUCUCAUGUCAUGAGUGAGAUGUGUGUCAUCUCCCGAAAAGCAUUAACAGAUAUGCACUAUGGUGGUUUAUCUUGUG